GCUUAAUGUUUCAUUACGCAGAACCUCAUCAGAGUUAGCGAUAAAACAACAGCCGAACUUUUCACUUUCCGAGCUUUCUUUCUUUUCUUGCGACAGGUGAAGUAACGUGACACGUGACCGCAGCUGCGUGAACAGGGACCGACUCAUGAUGUUCUCACACGCGCUUUCACAUGAGAAAGUUCAUCUCCAGGCUUCCUGAAGACUUUCGCGGCAUGACACCUCUGGGACAUUUGUAUCUUUGCCUGAAGUGGAACUAAGGGAAAUGAAUGGAAAAGGCUGCAACCUGCUGGUCUCUCCAACCAGCAUGCCAAAGUCUCUGGGUACCACAACUGGACAGCAGGUACCUCACAUCCGAGUGCAUGCUGGUAGUUCCUGCGCUUCCUCUCAGCAGAGAACCCCAUGUCCUGGCAGUGAAAUGUGCACCGGAGCUGUGACACCUGGGAGUACUGUGUUUCUACCUGCUCUGAGCCUUCACAGGCAAGUGUUGACCAAUGGGAAGCAUCAUGGCACCUUCAGAGUCCCACAAUCUUCAUGGCAACAAGUGUCUUCACUUCCUGUCCCAACUUGCAGUUCCAAUACAGCGAGAUUAAAUGGCUCACAGAGUGUUAAUAAAGGUUCUCACUCAUUGGGGACCAGCAGAAAGCUGUUGAGCGAGUAUGGCAGAUCAAACCUGCAAGUGACAAGCAGUGCUAUGGUUGUACAGAGUGUGAAUCCCGUGUCCACUAUCCAAACCUCUGCUUCGCACUGCCCUCCUCCAUCUCUGGGCCUUUUUGUGCCCUUCACAGAUGCCAGGUCUGUGUUGUCCAGAGAGUCCCUGGCUUCCACCACCCUCAGCAUUGCAGAGAGCCAGUCAAUACGCAGCAGCAAGUUGGACUGGCCUUAUGGCUAUCGUGUGCUGCCACCACUUGGACAGCAGAGCAGCUUUAGCCAGACAGCUGAAGGUCCGGAACUUCCAAACCUUCCACCAGGUACUGCCAUGUCUGGAAACACCAGUAGCUCCAAUACAACGUCACUUCCUGCUUACCUGUUCAAGGACGACAUCAACAGCCCCCGCCAAUCCAGCCGCUCCAAAAAAAGAGCCCUCUCCAUCUCGCCUCUGUCUGAUGGCCUUGGCAUUGACUUCAACUCCAUUAUCCGGACAUCACCAACCUCUUUGGUGGCAUACAUAAUUGGUUCCCAAAGUUCCCCGGCCUCACAGCCUACUCCCUCACCGCUGCAGUCUGACGUAUGUGGGCAUCUCCUGGGUGUCCGAGGAAGUUGUAUCCCCAAUCCCAGUUUUGGUUACCCAGCUUCCAAAGCCAGUUCCACUCUUGAUCAAACCAUAUCAAGAAACCACCAUUCUGAAAGACUGAGUCUCUGCAUGCAGAGGUUAGAAGAACAGGGUGCACGUUACAACCAAACAGGAGGAACUAAUUUAGUAGUGGAGCAUCAGCUUCUGCCAGGACAGGAAAUCCUUAUAAGCAACAUUGCAGCAGGAGAUAAUGUUCCUCAUUUCAGUCUGGAAAGCACUACACACCUUCAGUUUGAAAUUUCAGCCACCGUUAGGUCACCAAGCCCACGUAGGGGACCUCCACCUCCCUAUCACUCCCACCAUAUACACCGACUACCAGGUGGCCACAUGGAGAGUGCUCAGAAUCCCGCAGACCCACACUCUACACCUCCUUCAGACAAACCCGGUGUUCUGCCCCUGGCAUUGUGUCCAAUGUUAGAGGAGGAAGAGGGGGAAAUCGAUGAUUUUAAUGGGGUACACUGUUGCCGUUGGCUGGAUUGUAGUGCCACAUACAGUCACCAAGAGGAGCUGGUCAAGCACAUUGAGAAAUUACAUAUUGAUCAGCGCAAAGGAGAGGACUUCAUCUGCUUCUGGACAGGGUGUCCACGCAGACACAAGCCUUUCAAUGCUCGUUACAAACUCUUAAUCCACAUGCGGGUACAUUCGGGGGAGAAACCUAACAGAUGUACGUUUGAAGGCUGUCAGAAGGCGUUCUCCCGCCUAGAGAACCUCAAAAUCCAUGUUCGGAGCCACACAGGAGAGAAACCGUACAUGUGUCAGCACCAUGGCUGUCAGAAAGCUUUCAGUAACUCCAGCGACCGUGCCAAGCACCAGCGCACACAUGUCGACACGAAACCGUACGCAUGUCAGGUUCAAGGCUGCCAAAAGCGCUACACCGAUCCCAGCUCUUUGCGAAAGCACGUCAAAUCGCACUCCACCAAGGAGCAGCAGGCCAGGAAGAAGCUGAGAUCCAGCACUGAGAUCUGCCAGGAAGGACUUUCUGAGUGUUUAACUAUCCAGCCUCUGCAGCACAGCCUGUCGCCUAUGGAGCUGAUCGAGAGCCGUUCUCCUUGUCUUCCUGCUGACGUGUACACAGGUUUGUUCUCCUUGGACCAGCCCAGCCAAGUCACUCCUGGUCAGAUUCAGCAUUCCUCCUGUGGCUCUCACGUCCCAAUAUCUGCACUACCUCCACCUAACAGCAGGUUUGAUGCUCCUGUUGCACAGCAUCUGACUCACCAGGCCACGCCUUCAGUUCCUCAUUCGCACCACCACAUGGUGGCAGCACAAAAAAACAGCAGACUUCCAGGAUACCCAGAGCCCACGGCAGCAUCGCUUCAUCCACCUCAGGAGAGUUUCCCGAGUCAUACCCAGACGGUGUGCUCGCCCUCGUACGGCGAGUCGCCACAGACAGGAAAGCAGAUCUCUGCCUGUUCCAUGAUGCAGAUCCCCUUGUUCGAGGACAGUCUGGGUUCCUCAGGCACAGCUCAAAAGGAACCUCAGCUGAUCCACCAAGCUCUGUCGAGUAUCACAGAGUUUGAUCCACAGGAUCGAUCUGAGGAUUCUUUAGGUCAACGGGAGCAUUCGGCAUCAGACGAUAACUACCUUCACAUACACACACAGCACAUGGUGCGACGCCUAAACCAGCUCUCAUGAGUCCACACCGAGGGCCAGCCUUGAUCAUACACAUAUCUAUACGGAGUUCUUUGUGGUUAUCUUUUAGUCAUGGGAUCAAAAAUUAACAAAAGAAUUUGUACUUGAAUUUAUCUAAAUUUUUAUAACUGGAUGGUGUGAACUACAGUUCUGGAUGUUUCAUAUUGCUGUUUUUAUAUGUUGCAACUUUUGAAAUUGUUUUAUUUUUUUUUUUUAAAAAUCGAAAAUCUGAGUCCUGUGAAAACUUGUUUGUAUUUUGUGACACAGGAAGGCAAUACACACGCUGUGUGAGAAUGCUGGACAGCUGAAGCUAGAUAUCCACUGAGAUUAGCAGCAUAGCUAGUUAGCAUGUAAGUAUUUUAUACUGUUAAUGUAAAGAUAUGUGACAGAACAUUUUGGAGUAACAACAUUUCACUCAGCUUUGUUGGUAAAUUAAUGGCUUACACUCAUUACGCGUAGCUUAAACGUUUGAAUGUAAGUUUAAUCCAGUUAUCUUUGAUAACUAUCAGUUAUAAGGUAUUUCUGUGUGGAAAUGUAUGUAAACAACAACAGUGCCUCAGAAAUGAUCUAUCACAUUAAGCACUAAUUAAGCACAUAAUGAAGUCUUCAGAUACCGUUAUUCUGUAUUUUUUUUCAUUUCUUUAAGCCGGCAAUCAUGGCAGUACCGAUACUGAACGUUUUCUGUCUCACACCCUAGAAGAACAGUUUGAGGGCAUGCGGUUCAGCUAAAUUACACUGAGAAAACCUUACAUGCAAAUGUCGACAGUGACUAAAUGAAAUUGCAUUUAAAAGCUCUAAUUACAAUGUUUUGUAUAACCAGUAGCAUUAGAGUCAAAACCUCCAUUAUCUUGGCCCUGUUAUAUCAGGUGAAUCUGGGGAGAAAAAAAAAAAGCAUUUAAAGAUGUAAUCAUCAAGAUCAUGGAUGCACGACUGUGUCUUGUAAGGUGUUGUUUUGCUGAAGGGUAAUUUUCACAUCAUGCAAUUUCACACCUUAUUAUGAGCCAAAUAGUCUGCUUGUUAUUCUGUUAUUCUGUGCUAGUGACCAGAAGGUUAUUUCAAAUCAUACCAAAUGUUUGUGGGGUUAGAACUGAUUAAAAUGAAAGGGAGGAUAUGGGGGAAAAGACUCUGUACUACUUCUGUACUGCAAUUUUCACACGGAGUACAGUUUAUUCUUGCCAACAAGAGCAGAUUGCAACAACUUCAGUCAAUAGUUGCUGGUUUAUAUAGCAGUUUUAUGUGAAGAGGAGGAUGAUGAUGACGAUGAUAGGUCUUGAGAGUUCUUCACAUGAAUGCUUCAUGAGGCUUUCUUUAUCCAUGCAGUAGCCAUUGCCUUCUAGUCAACAAUAACUUUGAUCUUGCCUCAGCAAACCUUUUAUUGAGUCUACUAUAUAACAUGUUUAUCUUACUUUCGUUUAACA